CUUUGAUUUCGCGCCCGCGCCAAGAGGACGUGCCCUACCCCUAGAGGACAACAUAAAACGCUUACUUGAUUUUGCAUCUCUUUCCUCUGUUGCAUCUCUUCCUUCAUCCCGACCAAGUCACACAUCCUCCACUUCCCGUUUCGGCACCAUAGGUACGUUCGCCCUCGUCUGCUCCUCUCACCAUAAGAAUCCAACUUUCCACAGCUCUUCAGCAUCUAUUCAAUCCCCAUCCCAGAUCGACACAUCCCAGAGUCUUGAAAACCCAUCCCCCCUCAGGCACCUCACCAUGGCUAGAUACACCACUGCCCUUUUGCUUUCCCUCGUCGGUGCUAUGGCGCAGACAACAGACACCUCUGUCGACAGCUCGAUAUUGACCAUCACCGCCUCCUCGGCGGGGCCAUCUGGUUUUGCCAUCCCUGCAUUGAGCGCCCUCACUUCAGGAGCCGCAACCGAUUCUACAGUCGCCCUUGAUACUACAUACACCGCUGGGGCCACCCCCUCAAUCUCUGGCGCCCCCGCCCUCCCCACUUCUGCCCUCACUAUCGCCGACUAUCCUACUUUGGAUGUCACCCCUCCCACCAACUCGUCUCUCGUCACGGAAUGGCUCGACAAGAUUGACUUGACCAAUGCGCCCACCUACAACGUGACCACCGGUGACUGCUCUACCAGCACCGAUGCGGUCAACGAUGGUCGAUGCUGGUGGACUUGUGGUGGAUGCACCCGAGACACUGAUAUCACCGAGUGCCCCGACAAGAACACCUGGGGUCUUUCUUACGACGAUGGACCUUCCCCCUUCACUCCCCUGCUCAUUGACUACUUGGACGAGAACGACAUCAAGUCCACCUUCUUUGUUGUCGGUUCCCGAGCCCUGUCUCGACCCGAGAUUCUCCAGACCGAGUACAUGUCUGGCCACCAAAUCUCUGUUCACACCUGGUCUCACCCUGCGUUGACUACCCUUACCAACGAGGAGAUUGUCGCUGAGCUUGCCUGGACCAUGAAGGUCAUCAAGGAUGCCACCGGUGUCACUCCCAACACUUUCCGACCUCCCUACGGUGACAUUGACGACCGAGUGCGAUACGUCGCUGCUCAGAUGGGUUUGACCCCUAUCAUCUGGACUUCCUUUGAGGACAACGGUUCGACUAUCAACUUUGACACUAACGACUGGCACAUCUCUGGCGGUUCUGCCACUGGUGCUUCUUCUUACGCCACCUUUGAAAAGAUUCUGAACGAGUACGCCCCUCAGCUCGACAACGGUUUCGUCGUCCUCGAGCAUGACUUGUACCAGCAGACCGUUGAUCUCGCUGUCGGCUACAUUCUCCCUCAGGUUCUCGCCAACGGCACCUACCAGCUCAAGUCUAUCAUCAACUGUCUCGGCAAGGACAUCUCUGAAGCCUACAUUGAGACCUCGUCCAACCAGACCACCACCCAGGUCACGUCUGCUGCCAGCACCUUCUUCCAGGCUACUGUUGGUACCGAGACUGGUUCCGAGGUGUCUGCUGCUGCCAGCGCUACCGGAUCGACCGCUGCUGGCUCUGCGGGCGCCUCCAGCGAGUCUGGCGCCGCGUCCGGAUCGUCUUCUGCCUCUGGCAGCUCUUCCAGCGGCUCGUCCAGCAGCGCUGCGGGCCGAUCGGCUACUCUUGGCAAGGCUGUUAUCGCCCUCGGUGCUAUCGCCGUUGGCAUGGUCGUUGCUGCUUAAGAUUGUCUCAUGAUCUAGAAGUACACUGGGGUUGUUGCUGCUCAAGUCUGUCUUAUGAUCUAGAAGUACACUGGGGGAGUGACGGAGGAGAGAUAGAGGAUGGAUUUUCUGGGCGCUCAGUGUUUCUCAUAAUCAAACUCUAUUAACACUAGCUUUGUACCCAUCGUUACGCCAUACCAGCGACCACCUUCAUUUGUGCAUGUUUUGAUUUUUGCUAUGUUCACGUUGAGCCUUGUCAUGAAACGGAU